AACAUGCUCAUCACAAGAGUUCGUCCAUCAUAUUAUAUGGCUGGAUGUAUGGCGCUUUGGGCUGUUGUCUCCACACUCACAGCUGUCAGCAAAGACUUUACUGGUCUGCUUCUGACGAGAUUCUUCCUGGGAGUGACUGAAGCUCCUUAUUACCCCGGUGCUCUGUACAUCCUCGGAAUCUUUUACACCCGGAAAGAGAUUGCCACGCGUAUCAGUAUCUUGUACACCGGAAACAUCCUGGCAACUGCAUUUGCGGGCUUGAUUGCUGCCGGCAUCUUCAAGAUGGAUGGUCUGGCCGGUCUGGCUGGCUGGAGAUGGCUGUUCAUCAUUCAGGGCAUCGUGACGUUCAUCAUCGCCGUUGGAUCUGCUUUCAUCUUGCCCGAUGACCCUCUCCAGACUCGCUGGCUCACCCAGGAGGAGCGUGAGCUUGCCAAUGGACGAAUUCUUGCAGACACCGUCGGCGCGAAGGGACACACCAGCUCGUGGGCUGGACUCAAGGAAGCCGCCAAAGAUCCCAAGAUCUGGCUUUUCUCGUUCAUGCAACACAUGCAUCUCGCAGCUAAUGGCUUCAAGAACUUCUUCCCUACUGCGGUCAAGACGCUUGGCUUUGACACGACCAUCACUCUCGUCCUCACCUGCCCGCCUUACCUAAUUGCUGGAAUCAUCAGUAUUGCUUGGUCGUGGAGCUCAGGCCACCACAAUGAGCGGACGUGGCAUAUCACAGCUUCAAAGGCAGUCGCCAUCUUUGGCUUCGUGCUCGGUGCCGCCACACUCAACACAGGAGCGCGGUAUUUUGCAAUGUGCGUCUUCGCCAUCGGAACAUAUGCAGUCAACAGCAUUAUUCUUGGUUGGGUCACGGCGACUUGUGGGCAGACGAAGGAGAAGAAAGCUUCUUCGCUCGCCAUCGUGAACACGAUCGCGAAUGCAUCCUUCAUCUGGACUCCAUAUCUAUGGCCGGUCUCAGACGAGCCGCGUUACGCCAUCGCAAUGGGCUCAAGUGCAGGGUUUUCACUGGCAUGUGCCGCGUCCGCAUGGGUCAUGAAGAUCUGGCUCAAGAAGCUCAACAAGGGAAUCCGACAGAAUGCAGACGAGAGCAUCUUGGCCUUUGCCUAUUGAGGAAACUAAAGCUCUGCACAAGGAUUUGUCUGCGUUUCCACGCUGUGUGAAUGGAGAUCGUGCGAUAUCUGGUAAUGAUCAAAAGGACUAAAUCAGAUUGUCGUCGAAGUUGCCCUCAUGGAUUCCUGGACUGCUCCGUGAUGCGCUGUAGUAUCGCCUUGAUCUCGAA